AGAGAGAAAUUCAGUAAUGGGAACAGCAAACAGUCAGAGGUCAGGCAUUUAGUGGGAAGUACUCAGUCGCACAGUAUCCAGUAUAGAAACAGGAUGGCCAAGCUUCCAGUCCAUGAUAAAGUGUUCGCCAUACGACGUCUUCUUCGCCUUGGGGAGAUGGAGGAGGAGGAGGAGGAGGAACCAGCUUUCGUUCUCUGUGCAGGCAAGGUAUCAAUUCAUGAAAGUUACCUACACCCUGUCACAGAAGCUCAGGCUGCUCUUCUCGCUGGGUCAGGAAGUGGUUGCCCCUUUCAAGAUAUUACACAAUGGACAGGCGCUGAUGUUGAAUUUGACCUCCGCCAACCAAACGUACACGGCACGAAGUUUGUCAUCAUUCGUGGCUCUCGUCGUGAGAUCGGGGGGGCAGUCAGGCUCAUCAAUCAGAUGACAGGCGUUCAGGAAUCCUUGUUAGCCCAAGCCCAGGUAUUCUGGUUGCAGUGGGUUGAGGAUGCCUUCCCUGAACUCGACUCUCGCUCCUACUUCCUGCCCCCUGUCUGCAUCAACCGCGUGCCGAUGACCAGACAAGUAGUUGUUGGUCUCAAUGUUCAGAUUGUUCAUUCACCACCUGGACAGGCUGGUCAACCAUCACCUGUGCAGGGGUAUAUGUCAUCACCUGGACAGGCAGGGCAGUCAACACCUGGACAGUCUGGUCAGUACCAAGCGCCAGCAAUGGGAGUCAGUCAGCCCUCCAUCCCUCAGCCUCCUACCGUCCAAGACAGUGAUGUCAGAGAUGAUACAGCCAUGCAGCGGGUUCUACUUUGUCUACAGAAAAUGUCUGAAGAGAACAAAGAAGUUUUGUUUGGAAUGAGUCAGCUUCAGUUCGGACAGUAUCUGGGUGAACAUUGUUAUGCUGCUGCAGCUGUCCAGCUUCCCCUAUCCUCCAACCUUCCUCCUGCUGUACCCAGAAACUGGAAACAGGGAGACUUUGAUGUGCUGCUUAUUCACCGACAUUACGGUUUGGUUGUUUGCGAAGUGAAGUCCUUUGGCCAAAAUGUUAGCAAACUGAGCAUGUCACAGCAGGAUAUUGAUAACAACAUUAGAAAGAAACUAAAAGUCGCUGUCUCACAGCUGAACAAGGCGAAGGCCAUGUUGUCACACCUCGUGUCUGACAUCGCUCCAGGUCUGCGCAUCACAAAGACGAUCGGGGUGCCUAACCUCACGGCUGGACAAAUACAACAGGUCAUCUCCAGUGACCCACAACUGACUGGAGACCUGUGUAGAUGUCUGGAAACAACAGACCCCGCCAACAUCCCUGGACUUUGUCUGUGCUCUGAUCAGCUGUCUGACCCCAAGACGCCAUGGGACGUCAGUAGUCACGUGCUGACGGAGCUCAGGAACUGGUGGCAGCGACGUGUGGCUGGUGCUGGACCUGACAGUCACAUGACCUGUGACGUGUACAAGAAAUUAGUAGCCAGAUUUUGUGGUCCGGCCACUACAGUGACUGUACCAUGUACAUCUCUUCCACGCGUAACUGUCAAAACCCUGGAUCAGGCCGUGUCCUUAACGGGAGAGUAUAAUGUUGCUCAAAUAACACUCUUCCCCGAGCAAGUUCACCUGCUCGCCAUCGCACCUGCCACAGUCUUUAUAGCAGGACCGCCAGGUACAGGUAAAAGUGUGGUGCUGUUCCUGAAGGGCGCAGAAUGGCUGCGGUGUGGCGAAUACGUCUACAUUGUAAGCAUUGGGUACGGGAGUCGUGCAGCGUGUUGUAUGCUGUACCACAUGCUGCUGCAGCAUGUAAACACACAACAGGCAGCAGGUGCACCACCCGGUCAGCCUCACCUCCUGCAGUAUGAUUUUGCUGAUGAUAAAGACGUGGAAAAGGCCGUCAACGACUUGUCACAGGCGCGCAAACGGAAGGGCCGUUGUAUGUCAUCGUUGACGAAGCGAGUAACGAUUUGAGGUCAGAGUUCCAGAUUUCUGUAACAAGCUGCUGACACAAGUUCCUCUUCUCCAUCUGUGGGCGGCAAGUUGUUACCAUGGAGACGCACCCGCCGGCUGGCAAGGAAUCUUUAACCGACCCCUCCGGUCUCCACCGGCAGUUGUCAGGGAAGUCGCGAAGGAUGAGAAAAUCACUAAGCACCAUCUUUGUCCAGCAUACACCGAGCGUGGUGUACCUGACUACACAGACGGUCCACCGAUAAAAUAUUUGUAUCACCGAGGUCAGGGUCACUCAGGUAACUGGCCAGAUGACUGUGUCACGUGCGGCCGUGAGGUGGCCAGCUUCCUACACAGUCUUCGUGUUGUUUACCUGCUGACACGCCAGCAGUCUCCGCCACCAGCAGCCAUAAACCACCCGGCCUGCAGUGGAAAGACGUGUUAGUGUUGCACUGGUAUGUCGCUAGUGAAUACUCGGGUGUGGUUACUGCUUUUAGUGAAGCGGGUAUCCCAGUGCGGGUGAUGGAAGAUGAUGACAUCGAGGACGUGGCUACAGCCCGCAGUGACGUGGUGUGGGUGGCUGAUGGAGGUCGUGUUCGUGGUUUGGAGAGAAAGAUCAUCGUCUGUCUGGAAUCUCGUGUUGAGGAUUUCUCUGACCGCCUUUAUUGCAUGUCGCGGUGUACGUCACAACUUGUGGUUGUCUCUCCUGAAGACAAAGCAGUAACACAGCAUUGUUUUCUUUCCUAAUCUCAACUGUCUGAUUCUCCACCAGCAUGUCGUAAGGCUGACAUCACCCCCUGCCACUGGCAGAAAACAAGGUGAGGGUCAUUCUCAACAUCAGUGAGUCAUCAUCAUCAUCAUCAGAAGGGGUCAUUGUGCAGUUUGACGGUGUGGCCUGUGUCUAUGAGCUAUAUACAGGAAUAGACAAAGGUCACAAAGAUACAACUACAGUGCAUCUAUCUCAUCACUCGCCAACAGGAUUGCAUUAAACGGAUUGAUGUAGAAAACUUAGAUCGUGAGUUGUUUUAUGAACAGAACGAAUUUGUAUUAACCAAAGAGUUACAACAUCUCAAUAAUUCUCCCACAUUACUGUAGUCUGUCGCCAUGAACUGUGGACAGUCAUGACUUGUUAUGGGCUGUGGCUCUUGCCUUCACCUGAUCCAUGCCUACUUCACAGUGAUCUACGGUCAUAUACUGCUUGUGUAUGAAGCUAGCAGUCACAUGUGUCUUGUGUAUACAGAUGACGUCACAUAUAUCUUGUGUAUACAGCUGCGGUCACAUAUUACUUACCUUUCACUUGCCACAUGGAAAUUUGAAAAAUUAUUGUUCUAAGCAGGUUUCUUUACAGUGGUGCAUCCUUACGUCCUCAUUUCAUGUCACCACACGUAUAAUGAUUUUUUUCCCACAACACAUGAGCCAUUUGUAUAGACACAAUUUAUAACUCUCCAACUGUGAACAGACAACACUACUCUUUGUAAAAUAGUCUUUAAACAUGGUAAUAAUUAGUGUGAGUUUUAUGUACAAACUUUUUAAAUUAGCGGCUUUACCAUAACGUAAAAUAGUAUAGUAUGCUUAUAAAUUAUGAGAUAUACUAUACUGUGACCCAGUCAAGAAAUUCAAAUAAAAGGUUAAUUUUA